CAUCCAGAGUGUCUAUAGGACUCCAGGCCAUCGCAGUCGGCGAGCGUGGACUGGAGCUUUGGCCCUCCACGAGCUGCUAGUCCUGUGAACCAGCUGCCCAGGGUGUGACCAGCUGAGCUGCAUCUGAGGAGAAGCUACAACCUGGAGCCAGGGUGACCACGGCAGCCGCCAACUGCCUGCCGCAGCCAUGAGCCUGGAGCCGCCCAAGCCGGAGUACAAGGACUUCAAAUCAGCCACCAGGGUGACUGGCGGGCCAGCCACCCCCAGGAAAGGGCCCCCCAAAUUCAAGCAGAGGCAAACCAGGCAGUUCAAAAGCAAACCACCCAAGAAGGGGGUCCAGGGGUUCGGCGACGACAUCCCUGGCAUGGAAGGAUUGGGCACAGAUAUCACCGUGAUCUGCCCCUGGGAAGCCUUCAGUCACCUGGAGCUCCACGAACUGGCUCAGUACGGCAUCAUCUAGGCAGCGCUCUGGGCGCAGGGCGUGCACCUCUUUUUCUUCCCCCACCCUGCCGCCCACAUAGAUCACGGCCUUGGCUAUGUAGGUAGAGGGAGCUGUGUCUGCACUGCAGCCGCGCCGUAGCCGGAGGAGCUAACCCCAGGCUUGUAGUGAACGAGCCCUGUCCCCCAGGCUUGUAGUGAUCAGAGCGGCUGACAUUAAACUCAGGACGAUCAGUAGGA